GCAAUACUCAACUUUGUUCCUUCCGAAGGAUGUUGGAUUUAUUCUGUGUCGUGAUGGAGAAGAAGGAUUUAUGUGUGAAACAGAGUGACUUUAGCAUCGAUCACAUUUUAAACAGAGCGGGAGAGGAUAUUAAAAGGAAUGAUGAAGUCCAGGAAGUGCCUUUUGUGGAUCACUGGCCAGGAUGCUCUUCGCAGUGUCAUCCUCAGAACAGGAUAGAGAUUCAGAGACACACUCCUCAUCUGGAUUGGCUUCAGUACACAAGAUAUCACCCUCCAAAGCUUCCAAGGCCACUGAGAAUAGGACCUGUCAAGCGAACUCCUGGACGAUUGCCCCGCGUCCCUUUCACUGUAAGUCAACUAUGUGCCUUGGAGGAUGCCUACAAAGUGUCCACAUACCUCAGUUCAGAGGAAGCCAAUAGUCUCGCCCAGAAACUCGAUUUGUCCUGCGUUCGCGUGAAAAUAUGGUUCCAGAAUCGCCGAGCACGCGAGAGAAGGGAGAGACGAAAUUGUGAUAGCAGUGGAAAUCUGCCGAAUGAGCAUAAAGCAUAA